CGGGUCGUUUCGUGAAGAACGAACGGCGCAGCAACUGCGUCAUGGCGGAUGUUCGCGCUGACCUCGGUAAAAUAGCAGAACGCGUACGGUUUUCGGCAUCGACUCCCAGGACCCGUUUCUCCGUGCCGGCGGCCCGCAAGAUAAGUGCGCUUCAUUAAUUGGCGCAACGAGCGGCGAGCGCGACAGUUUUACAAACGAUAUAGGUGUCAUACGAGUCAGGCGCCCGUCGGAGCGCCAAGAUGGCGGACGCAGACCUACAACAACAAAACCUCAUGGUAGUUGGCGCGAGCGCGGGCGAAGGCGAAAGCUCCGUGGUCGCCGACGGCAAAUUGGACGGCGACGCGGUCCCGGCGGUGUCGGCCGACGUUUCGACCGCUGACAUCCUGCAGCAGGCGUUCCAGGAGGCGUCGGCGGGAGGCGAGUACGAUGAUCAGGUGUCGUACGCGCCCGACGACAGCGUCGCCGUGGGGCUGCAGCACGGCGGCGACGAAGAGGAGCUGCCGGACGGCAUCCUGCGCCAGGAGGUUGGCGAAGACGCCCAGAUCUCCGACAAGGCGGUGCUCGUCGGCGUCGUCGACGGCGAGGCGGCCGCCGAGGCCCACGAUCCCGCCACCGUCAACAGCUCGGCGGGAGGCGACGUGUCUCCCGCCGCCGUGCUCGCGGCGCAGGACUUGGCGGCGGAUGCCGUGGAAGACGCCGAAGGAGCCGCGCCCGUCGAAGCCGCCGAGAACGGAGAGCUGCCCGAGAACGGCGGCGGGGUCGGCGGCGGCGAGCCAGUCGCCGAGGCCGAGGAAGCGACACCGAUGGCGGUUGACGCCGAGCCGUCGCCCGCUCCGCUGCAGCAGCAGCAGCAGGACGAGGAGAUGGUGGCCGCGGCGGACGAGCAGUCGCCUGCCGCCGCCGCGGAGGACGAGAACGACGCCUCGGCCGCGCCCAGUGUCGCAGACGACGAAGAGAGCGCCGAUGCCCCCGUCACGAUCCAGCCGGCCGCCUCGGCCACCUCGCAGAAGCAGAGCUCCGCGCCGCUGGGAUCGUCGGAGAACCCGAUACAGAUCAUCCAGCAGGGCAACACGUACCACUCGACCCAGGUGCUGUCCCCGGAGCAGCUUCAGCAGAUCGCCCACGUGCUGCAGCAACAGCAGGUGAAUAGAGCCAUCCAGAAUGGCGGCUCGGCUGUGGUGUUCAACCCGCAGACCAACACCCGCAUCAUCUACCGGGUCAUCUACCCAUCGGAGCUGGGCUCCAAGCAGACGACUUCGAGGCCUACAGCGACCAGGGGUCGGGGCUCAUACUCGGGUCGGGGAAGGGGUCGGCCGCGUGGCCGGGGCCUCGCCAGGCGGGUCGUGGAAGAAGACGACCCGCGUAGCGACGGGCCCGAGCUCUCACGCGAGGAGAAGGAAGAGAAGAAGAAGCAUCGGCCACGCACACGCUCGGGCAGAAUCUCCAAGCCGCCCUCAUAUAUGGUGAAGGACUACAAGCGCAUCCACCAUCUGGAUUUCGACGAUGAGCCGUACGACGACUCAGACGGUGGCUACUCUGACUACCAGGUCAGCGACGACGAGGAUCGCAGCCGGCGUUCCUUCACCGGUUAUGGCGGGAGGCCGCGAAACUUCAAAUGUCCAACCUGUUCCAAGUCCUACAUCGGCCGUGGUGGACUCUGCAGGCAUCUCAGGCUGUACCCGGACCACGGAAACCCUUCAGAUGUUGACGAAAUGGUCGCCCAAGCAGGGGAGAGCACCACUACCACGGACACACCUCCGACGAGCGGCACCAACAACCCGGCCAUGUACAUGGCGGCACCACAGCGGGGCCGGUACGCCGACCUGGCCUCCAUGCGGCGGAAAGCUCGGCUCAGAGAGGUGACCAAAGCUUGCCGAGAGGAGGAGCUGAUGGAAGUGGUCCUACCGCGGCUUGCAGACUCUGUGUCUCUCUGGGAGUUUCUGCUCACCAAGUGCGAAAAGGGAGACCCUCCUCAGCUGCAGAUUCCAGAAAUGCUGAUCCAGCUGGAAGAGGUGCUCCGGGAGAUGCGGGCAUUGAGCCAGGAGAGCCUGGUGCCCGUCGAGCCUGGGGAGGAGGCUGCUCACGCAGGCAACCAACUGAUGAAGAUCGAGGACGAGAGCGUGGCCCAGGCAAUCGGCAUCUCCACCGGCCUGUACGCCAUCCGCGAGGAGGAGGUGGUUACGAAGACGGUGCCUGUCGCCCGCAAGCGGCCGCGCGCCGAGAGCGAGAGCAGCGUAAGCCAGCCGGCCAGCACUACAGACACCGCGGUCGCCGUGGCGGGCGGGGGCGUGGAGUUUGUCACGCCUGAGGAGAUGGUGGCCGCGCUGCACGGCGAGCCGCUGCCGCCGAACAAGCGGAUACGACUGGACGAUGAAGACGCCUUCGUUGUGCUCACGGGCAGCGGUGUGGAGAGCGAGGCGGCCAAGGUGGACGGCAUCAUUGAGGCGACGCUGAACAGUGACAGCCUGUCCGAAAACAUGCUCGAAAACCUCGAGUUUGCUGGCCUGCCCGUGUCGGACGAGGCCGUGACGAACGGUAACGACGAGGAUGCCCAGUCUGCGGCCCCCGCGUCCGUCACGGCGGUCACCGCCGCAGCGGCGCCUGUGACGACCGCGGUCAGGGCAACGAUGAGCGGCCACACGGAGACCUUUCAGUUCGUCCAGCAGGCUGGCAAGUCACAGCUGCACAAGGUGCAGAUCCUGCCUGGCCAGUCGCUGCUAAACCGCAACUUUGUCCGUGUGGUGACCUCGUCUGAGAGCUCCCCGCCGCCCCCAGCGGCAGAGGUGUCACCAGCUGCAGCAGCACCGGUCACCAUCGCCAAACAGGAGUCGGCGACUCCUCCCGAAGCUACAGAAGCAGCCGACGCCAUGCUUCCAGCCGAGCCAGAAGAGGAGCCGCAAGCAACAGCAAUAAGCCAAAAGCAGGCGGAUGUGCAGGUCGUCGAGAGCCAUGGCAACGAUGACUCUCAGCACGAGAUCACCCAGGUGGUCUGUGCGGAAGACGGGGAGGCCGUCAACGGCACCGCCAUGGCAACGCAGCCCGUCAUACGGCAGUACAUGCUCCCCGACGGCCAGAUCGUGAGCGCCUACGAGGACGCCGAGGGCAGCCUGGUGCAGCUGGAGACGCCAGAGGAAGAGCAGACGACGGCGCUGGGCAACGUGGUCAUUGUGCAGAACCCCGACGGGACCACCACACUCCAAGUGCCCAGCGAUGGCAGUAUCCCCAUCGAAACAGUGCAGGCACUGUUGGCCAUGGACCAGUCGGCCAUGGUAGUGCACACACAAGACGAAGGCAUCGAGACGGCUUGAGUUGGGUUGGCUUUGGAUUGAGGCUUUAGGUGCCAUGCAGGUGCGAAACGGAACUUGCCCAACACCAGAUCUGUGCCCCGAGAAGUGCAAGCAGGCCAUUAUUUCAAAGUUGCACCAGCCGACGACGGCGGGCUUGCAGUCCGGGGGAAGGAGGUGUUUUCGGCGCAAACUGCUCAUCGCACCGCGUUGCCGUGGUUACAGUGUCGUGCAAUGAACUGCGCAUAUGGCACUGGCAUUAUGUUGCUGCAUUGAACAUUCGAGUGCGCAAUGGCUACUAUGUGUCAGGGUGAUGCACAUUUUGUUAUAUCCUUUUCUUUUUCCCCCUCCUUUUUAGUGCUUCCCUAUGAAAGCAGUGGCUAUUGUUACUGCUGGCCAAAACAUUUGUGACCGAGAAGAAAAGUUAUUUUUUGGUUAACAUAAUUUUUGAGUUAUUUUUAAAGUGACUAUUUUUCUUGUGUGUGUUUAUAUACAAAAGCACUCGUUGGGUCUUGUUUCGGUCAAUGUAAAUGGCUGGCAAGUGACAACCAGCUGCAAGGACUAAAAUGUAAUUUAAUGCUUAUUGUCAACGCAACUGUAGCACUGCAUUACAUAAGGCAAUGGCUGUAGAUACAAGCCAGGCUCCCUUUUUUUCCCUUCUUUUUCUCUCUGCUACAUUGCACCUUUACAAAGACAGCGAAUGCACGCCUGUACAAAGGUUUCGUCAGCUUUGCGUGUGUUUUUUUGUGUGUUCCGCCAGAGUGUUGGCCAGGUACGGCCCCGAAGAAACAAAAGGGUUUGUGCCCAGUCUUCUUGUGGCUUGUGGAUUGAUUUCUCUCCCGACUGUCGCGCGUCUCCAUAUUCACAUGUACAGUCCACUCAUUAAUCAGCAUGGUUUACUACGAUGACGUUGCAGACCGAGCAAAUUCGUAGCCGGUCCACUGAGCCUGUCGAAGCACACACAUCGGCCGCCUCCUUAUAUAUUCAUUUGCUCUUGCUUUUUUUUUUUUUCUCUCGUGGACAUAGUUCGCGUAAGUUUGAUGUAUAUAACCAGUUCAGCACCACUGCGGUCCUUCAAACUGCUGUAGCGAAGUACGACAGCGCCGUCGGAUAGCAGGGAGCGGCAAGUCGCAGAAGCAGUAGUUCUACAACAACGCGAUUUUUUUCUUCUCUGCCCUGGCAAGUACAAUUUGAGUGUCUAGUGCGUUGCGAAGCAAAAAAAAAAAAAGCGCGAAUGGCAUGGACAGGAUGUUGUAAAACCUUGCAAGUUUCCAGUUUGGCGGCGCGACGCACGUGCACAGGUGAACGAAGUCGGCAAUGCCAAGAUACGCGCAGCGGGCGGCUCGAUCGGCGCGGUUGGCUCCAGUUCUUUUUUUUUUUUUCUAGAAUAAAGCCGUCAUGUGGAGCUUGUACAUAAGCCCAGCGCUUUGAGCGCUUUUCAUUUACUCCUGUCUACACGUAUUGCCUGGUCUUGCCCGACAAAUGGGCAGGCCUCGCCCGGCUCUUAUGUUAUACACUGUGGUACUUGUGCUUUGCCACGGAGCGCAUUGAGCAAGUUGUGGCCCCUUUCAUUGUCAGGCUUGAAGUGAAAAAGCAGUCUGUACACUUGACAUUGUCUUUUUUUUUAUGUCAAGGCACUGCGGGACCUGCACUAUUAUAUUGGUCUUGUAGAUACCAGAGAAAAAUUUAAGCCGAGUCACCUUCUUUGCUUUGUGGUUUUGUCUCUGAAAGUGAUGUCUUUUGGAUAGAAUAAAUAAAAUGUUCUUUGGACCAGA